AUGAAGGGAUAUAAUGGAAGCCGCGGUCAAUCCCAGCAUUCAUCUGCACACGCCUGCCACUGUGUGCCUGAGGACUGUGAGCAUCCUCAGGACUAUCUGCACCACAGCCAAGAUCCGCGACAGUCUUACCUACUUAGUCCUACCGAGUCCUGUUCGAUGGACCAUCACUACUGUGUGUCUCGAAGCUCCAUUCCCUCUGAGUGUGCUGCGGUGCCUAUCAGCAUGACAGAGCAGAUGGCCUCCAGCAGCACGUUUCCUCGGAUGCACCAUAACCUGCAGUAUGAGUCCUGCGAUGACUGCAUGACUGCCACCCACGCCUCCAGCAAGAUCAACCGGCUGCCGGCCAACUUGCUGGACCAGUUUGAGAAGCAGCUGCCGCUCCAUCACGAUGGCUUCCACACGCUGCAGUAUCAGCGGGCCAGCUCGGCCGAGCAGCGCAGCGAAAGCCCCAGCAGGAUACGCCACCUGGUCCACUCUGUGCAGAAGCUCUUCGCCAAGUCCCACUCCCUGGAGGCCCCGUCCAAAGGCAACAUAAACGGGACGAGGAUGGAUGGCAGGGGUGGGGAGAGCCAUCAUCACCACCACCUUCGCCACCACCACCCACACCACCACCACCAACACCAAUCCAGGUCCAUAAAGAGGAGCAAAAGCAAGGACCGCAGGUCUGAGUCUAAGCACAGGGCUAAGAUGGCGGGUUGGUGGAGCUCCGAUGACAAUCUGGACAGCGACAGCAGUUACAUGGUGGCGAAUGCAUCUGGGAGACACUCGAUGGAACAGGCGACCCAGUACUGUGCAGAACCCAUGGAAAGUGCCUUCAGAGAUCUCACCCUGAAGAGUUUGAAGAGCAGCAGUGAGGGCAAGUGCCUAGCAUGUGCAGCCAUGCCCCUCAAGAGAAGCGUGUGGUCCACAAUGACUGUGAGCCAAGCCCGCGAGGUUUACCCCAGUUCGGCAACCAACACAGAGAAACCUCCAGCGCUUCAGGAAACAAAGGCACAAGAAAGGGCUUAUCAUUAUCUUCAGGUACCACAGGAUGACUGGGCUGGCGGGUACCCAGUAGUGACUAAGGACGGAGAAAUCCCCUGUCGGAGAAUGCGCAGUGGCAGCUACAUCAAAGCCAUGGGGGAUGACGAGAGCGGGGACUCGGACGCAAGCCCGAAGAUGUCACCAAAGGGAGCCUCUCAGCAAGAGAGUUAUCUGCAACCUUGCGGCCCAGCAAGCAGCGAGCAGAGGCACUCCAAGUUCAGCUGUAAGCAUUGCUUGGAGCCGUACAUAUGCAGCCACGCUGGCCUGCAGGGACAGACGUCAAUGAACUACAGCCUGGAUAACCUGCAUCGCUCCAGUCUCCGCCCCAAGCUGCUGCCCCGGAGUCAGGCUUAUAGUCGAAUGCUCAGCACCAACCACCAGGUUGGUGAGGGUGAUGUGAGCAGACAGUUUGAGGUGGUGUGUGAGUCAGUGUUCGGGGAGGUGGAGUCACAGGCAGUGGAAGCCCUGGACCUGCCCGGCUGUUUCCGGAUGCGGAGCCACAGCUACCUGCGUGCCAUCCAGGCUGGCUGCUCACAGGACGACGACUGCCUGCCCCGGUUCUCCAUGGCCCCCAUACGGCCGCCCAUAGCCGUCAGCGCCAGGAAACCCAGUGCCUCGUUUAAUUACAAGAAAGCUCCUCCUGUCCCUCCCCGGAUGGCCAUCAAGCCGCUGAUCUCAGUGACGGCCCAGAGCAGCACCGAGUCUACGCAGGACACCUACCCACCCAGCGAGCCCCACCGCCCCACACCCUGGUCCCGAGAUGUCCGGACACACUGCAAUUCCACGGACAGUCUCAACAGCUCCAAAGCACUGACUAUGGCCUUGGAACUGUCAGCUCCCAUUCGUUCUUCAAUGAAGAGCUCCCCUGGAGCCGGCGUUUACAAAGGGAUCCUGAGCCGCGAUGAACCAAAGUUAGAGCCUCGCCAAAGGAAGUGGCGUUCAUCUAUUGGGAUACAGGUGGACAGUUCAGAGACGAUGACCGAUUCCGAUACCGAGAGCAAGUGUCUUCGGGAGGUGCACUCCAUCGGGGUGCAGGUGGAAGACGACAAACGACACGCCAGGUUUAAGCGUUCAAACAGCGUGACGACCAGCGUGCAGGCGGAUCUGGAGCUGGAGGAGAUGGUGGGCUUGGCUGGCGGCUCUGUGGACAAGGGUUUCCAGUUCGGCCGGCCGUUCCAGCGGCAUUCCUCGGAUCCCGAGCCGCCCAGCGAGUACACCGGCUUCCGAACUGUGCACACACAGGGCCAGUGGGCCUACCGCGAGGAUUACCGUGUGCGCUGUGACAGUGACGGGCAGCGGCCAGAGGCGUGGGCAGAGGCAGGGGCUCAUAGCCUGACAGACACGGGCAGGGCAUCGCCGUGUCACAGGGACGGCGACUGGUUCAUCAAGCUGCUGCAGGCAGAGGUGGAGCGUCUGGAGGGCUGGUGCCAGCAGAUGGAGCGAGAAGCUGAGGAGAACGACCUGCCUGAGGAGGUUCUGGAGAAGAUCCGCAGUGCGGUGGGGAGCGCCCAGCUUCUCAUGUCCCAGAAGUUCCAGCAGUUUUUCCGCCUUUGCCAACAGAAUAUGGACCCGAACGCUUUCCCUUUGCCUACCUCCCAGGACCUUGCGGGAUUCUGGGAUCUUCUGCAGUUGUCUGUAGAAGAUGUAACUCUGAAGUUUGAUGAACUUCUACAGAUAAAGUCCAACAACUGGGUCCUAAUCGACAUGACAGACAAACAGGCCGAAAGGAAGAUUCCCCCUCCUUCUAUACCAAAGAAACCCCUGAGGGGCAAGCUACCCUCCACGCGGGAGAGGUCCCUGGAAGUUGCUGACAGACAGAGGCAGGAAGCGAAGAAAAGGCUGAUGGCAGCCAAGAGAGCAGCUUCCUUUCGGCAGAACUCAGCCACAGAGAGUGCGGACAGCAUCGAAAUCUACAUCCCCGAGGCUCACACCCGGCUUUGA